CCCCAGGCAACGGGGCUCAACAGUUCGGCCGCGCGGUUGGUGCAGCCCCGGCGCCGCCGCCGCUCCCAUGUGCUCGGCCGAGGUGGACGCGCACGUAGCGCAGCGGUUCCUGCUGAAGCGGCGGCUCGGGAAGGGGGCCUAUGGGAUCGUGUGGAAGGCGGUGGACCGGAGGACUGGCGAGGUCGUGGCCAUCAAGAAAAUCUUCGAUGCCUUCAGGGACAGGACCGAUGCCCAGAGAACGUUCCGGGAAGUCACGCUGCUCCAGGAAUUUGGGGACCAUCCAAACAUCGUUAGGUUCCUGGAUGUGAUCCGGGCGGAGAAUGACAGGGACCUAUACCUGGUGCUUGAGUUCAUGGACACGGACCUGAACGCUGUCAUCGCCAAGGGCUCGCUGCUCAAGGACGUGCACAAGCGCUACAUCUUCUACCAGCUGCUGCGGGCCGCCCGCUUCCUGCACGCCGGCCGCGUCAUCCACCGGGACCUGAAGCCAUCCAACGUCCUCCUGGACGCCCGCUGCCUGGUGAAGCUCUGCGACUUCGGCCUCGCGCGCUCGCUGGGCGGCCUCCCCGAGGGCCCGGAGGGCCAGGCCCUGACGGAGUACGUGGCCACGCGCUGGUACCGGGCUCCGGAGGUGCUGCUGUCCUCCAGCUGGUACACGCCGGGGGUGGACAUGUGGAGCCUGGGCUGCAUCCUGGGCGAGAUGCUCCGGGGGAAGCCCCUGUUCCCCGGCAGGUCCACCCUCCACCAGCUGGAGCUGAUCCUGCAGACCGUGCCCCCGCCCGCCCCGGAGGACCUCCUGGCUUUCGGCUCAGGCUAUGGGGCCUCCGUCCUGCAGCACCUGGGGGCCGGGCCCCGGCAGGAGCUGGACACCCUCCUGCCCCCGGACACGCCCCCCGAGGCCCUGGACCUCCUCCGGCGGCUCCUGGUGUUCGCCCCCGGCCAGCGGCUGAGCGCGGCGCAGGCCCUGCAGCACCCCUACGUGCAGAGGUUCCACUGCCCGGCCCGCGAGUGGGCGCUGGAGGCGGAGAUGCGGCUCCCGGUGCCGGAAGGAGUCCAGCUGUCGGCCCCCGAGUACCGCAGCCGCCUCUACCAGAUGAUCCUGGAGCGCAGGGCCGGCGGCCGCGCCCCCAGAGAGACGGGCCAGGGGGACGCGCCGGUGCCGCCCGCGGGGGCCCCGGGGGCGGAGCUCGGCGCCUCCCGGGCCCAGGCGUGCGCGCCCCAACCCGGAGCCGCGCCCCCGCCGCCCGCGCAGGACCGCGGACUCGGCCCGGCGCACGGCGCCCCCCGCGGAGCCCAGAGCCCCAGGCAGCACUCGGCGCCCCCGCUCCAGCCUCCGCCCCCGAGAGGCGGGGGGAGCGGUGAGAGGCCCCCCGGGGCGGCGGCGGAGCCCCCCUCGUGGGCGAAGCCCGGCGCGCACGCAGCGCCCUCCCUGGCCGCGCAGGCCGCCGCGCAGGGGGCCGUCCAGGCUCUGGUCCGGAGCCACCGGGACCCCGGCCGCGGGGCGAGGGCGGCCAGCGCGCCACGGGUCCCCCUGGCGCGACCCGCGGAGGCCCGGCCGGGCCGCAGGAUGUUCAGCGCCGCGGCCUCGCAGGGGGCGCAGGGGGCCGCACGGGCCGCGCUCGGGGGCUACUCCCAGGCCUACGGCACCGUCUGCCGCUCGGCGCUGGGCCGCCUGCCCCUGCUCCCUGGACACCACGUGUGAGCCUCUCUCCCUGCCCGCUCCCCCGCCCCGCGCCCCAGGACUUGCCCCCCAAGUCCCCCCUCCGCUUUGCUCCGCCCCAUGGGAGUCCUGGGAGGCUUGUGCAGAGGCGCCCACUCCAGCCCCAUCACCUCCAAUAAAGUCACCUGUCCC